ACACUGAACCCAACACCGCAUAAAGACAGCAUUUUCGCAAAUUUAUUUAACUAAACUCGUAAAUGAAAGCAUGUGCACGUCCAAAUUGAAGUGAGUGUGGAGUGGGAAAACUCCAUUUGUUACCCGUGCGUUUGUGCGCGAGCCAGCGCAAUUUGUGUAUACGUAGGCAGCCGUACAGAAGGCAGCCGGAAGGUGUGCGAAAAAGAGACGCCUCUGCUAUGCACGAGGUCGCCGUAGAAGCUUUAGCAGGCGGCAGAUGACGACGACGACAGCGACACCACAUGGUGGCAAGGCAUCAAUACUACACACAGGAUACGGCCAACAGGAUAUUAAGGCACGCAGCAAAAUAAACAGGACCUAGACCGCCUCCAAGCGUGGACCCAGAGAGAGGAGCCUAACGGUGGGACUUAGCAAACAAAUGGCGGCUUUUAUGGCAGGAGCAGCAGCAGCCGCCGGUGGAGGAGCGGGUGUCGGAGCCACUCGGGAAUUUGUCGAGGGCUGGACAUUGGCGCAGACCCUGGGCGAGGGCGCCUAUGGCGAAGUGAAGCUGCUCAUCAAUCGGCAGACGGGCGAAGCUGUGGCCAUGAAGAUGGUGGAUCUGAAGAAGCAUCCGGAUGCCGUCACAUCGGUGCGGAAGGAGGUAUGCAUCCAGAAGAUGCUCCAGGACACACACAUUCUACGGUUCUUUGGCAAGCGCUCGCAGGGCAGUGUGGAGUACAUUUUCUUGGAAUAUGCCGCCGGCGGGGAGCUAUUCGAUCGAAUUGAACCCGAUGUGGGAAUGCCGCAGCAUGAGGCCCAGCGCUAUUUUACACAACUUCUGUCCGGACUGAACUAUCUUCAUCAGCGUGGCAUUGCCCAUCGUGAUCUCAAGCCGGAGAAUUUGCUGCUGGACGAGCAUGACAACGUGAAGAUCUCCGACUUUGGCAUGGCCACCAUGUUUAGAUGCAAGGGAAAGGAGCGACUGUUGGACAAACGUUGCGGCACUUUGCCGUAUGUGGCCCCCGAGGUGCUUCUGAAGCCAUAUCAUGCACAGCCUGCGGAUAUUUGGUCAUGUGGCGUCAUACUGGUCACCAUGCUGGCAGGAGAAUUGCCAUGGGAUCAGCCAUCGGCCGGUUGUCCAGAGUUCAUUAACUGGAAGGACAAUGAUCGCUGGCAAACACAGACGCCAUGGAGCAAACUGGACACGCUGGCCAUAUCCUUGCUGCGCAAAGUGCUGGCCAGCAGUCCGGGCACACGCCUCACCCUGGAGAAGAUUCUCGAUCACAAGUGGUCCAACAUGCAGUUUGCCGAGCACGAUCGCUCCUUUGACUUGGUCGAUUCGGCGGCUGCCUUGGAGAUCUGUUCGCCCAAGGCCAAGCGACAACGGUUGCAGUCCAGUGCCCAUUUGAGCAAUGGUUUGGAUGACUCCAUAUCGAGGAAUUACUGCUCCCAGCCGAUGCCCACGAUGCGCAAUGACGAUGACUUUGAUGUGAGAUUGCGCAGCGGUCGGGCCACUGGCGGUCAGGAGAAUCAGGCCGUGGCCCAGGAGGCGCGCCUCAGCUACUGCUUCUCGCAGCCGGCCCUGCUGGAUGAUCUACUGUUGGCCACGCAAAUGAACCAGACGCAGAGCGCCUCGCAGAACUACUUCCAGCGUCUGGUGCGGCGCAUGACGCGAUUCUUUGUGACCACACGCUGGGACGACACGAUCAAGCGGCUGGUGGGCACCAUCGAACGGCUGGGCGGAUACACAUGCAAGGCCAGCGAGGAGGGUGUGGUCACGGUGUCCACCAUCGAUCGGAAUAAGCUGCGGUUGGUCUUCAAGGCGCACAUCAUUGAGAUGGAUGGCAAAAUCCUAGUCGACUUCCGGCUGUCCAAGGGCUGUGGCCUGGAGUUCAAGCGGCGCUUCAUCAAGAUCAAGAACGCGCUGGAGGACAUUGUCAUGAAGGGGCCCACCACGUGGCCCAUUGCGAUUGCAACCAAUUCGGUGCCUUAGCUUGUAAUAGAAUUUAACCUAAGACUUGACACUAUUUCAUGUGUUCACACAGCACUCCCAUUAAUCAUCACUAAAGACCUUCGAAUACUUUAAGCAACAAUUAGCAUGUGCUAACUCACUCUUAGUUCAUGCGUUUUCGACGAUUACGUUUCGUAUUAUGUAUUAUUACUUCCUAUUCUACGAUGAUUUUAACUUUGUUGAUUUUUAAACGAUUGCCGAGUAUUAAAUGUAGUUGAUUAGAUAGUUAAACGUUAUGAAACAAUAAAUAUUUCUUUUGUAAUGUAAAGAGAGAUUUCAA